AUGGGGGGAUUGUUCUGCUCGUCAGGUACCCCUUUUCACCGUAUGCGUCUACUUAUCGGAGGUCAAACUGUUGAAGAUAUCUACUCCUACAACCAGCUGUGCAACACCCUGUUCAGAACUACGGCUCCUAAGGAUCUAGCUGAUUCGUUUGCUGGUGAAGAGCUCGGCUUCUAUGGCAGUGCUGCAGGAUCCUACUAUACACCUCGCUUCACUCCGGACGAAUCAGGCAAUGGUAAACGGAUGGAACUUCUAAACUUUAGUGACAAUUCGGUACUUGAAUAUACGGUAACAGAAGGUCAGCGUGAUAAUACACUUAUUGCUGGUGACUUGAUUAACGAGCUCAACGAGAAUUUUGAAGAUGCUAGUACUAUUAAGAUGGCUGCUAUUUGGCCCGAGGGUGAGGACAAAGGCUACUUUAGCGAUACUAUAAAGGACCGUCGUAUCUUUAACUGCUACAAGUCACGCCAGAUCCUGGACGCCAAACAUGGUCGCGAGUAUUACCACACUCCAAUGAUGGGUCUGUUGAAUAAUCAACGAUACCUACCGCUGAGUCAUCUAGGUGAAGUGGUGUUAGAGAUUACCUUGGACCAGGCGUCUACGGUACUAAAGGCAUACAAACCUAAAAACCCAGCCUUGUUUUCAGACGCAGGUUUACCUGGUCCCGACCCAGGAUAUCAUAAUCAGGCAAUCACGAACGGUGUAUUCACACCGGUGGCAAGUUACACCUUGGAAGAUUUUGCAUACCAUAUUGAUAUUUUACAGAUGGACGACUCUUACCUAAUGGCGUUCGAGGCGAGUCUGGCGGAGCGUUCAAUUCAUAUACCAUAUGUCACAUCGACACACUACUCAUUCCCUCUUACUCAGAGGAACGAUCUUAUGCUGCAGCACAGAUCACGUAACGUUAAAUCGCUUCUGCUCCUCCCGCAAGUGGUGGGUCUAGCCAACUCGAUUGAACAUAACAGUUUCAUGAGUGCCGGAUCCCUAGCACUUCAGGAGGUUCAAGUCCGUAUUGGAGCGUACCAGAAACCGUUACAGCCAAUCACCACAGCCACUGGAAAUCUAGGUGGGCUCAAUGAACCCGUUAGUUCGGUCAAACUCAGUCGUGCAUGGUGUGAGACCAUGAAGGCGCUCUCCUUGUUUGGCGACGUAAACUACGCUCCAGCUAUCGAUAUUAACAUGUACCGUUACGGAUCCUUUGUGCUUGGUCUGGACUUUGAACGUGAGGGAGGUGCUAGUUCAGGUAUUGACACCGCAUCUGAAAGUACACCCAUUGUACUGUCCGUCCAGUGCAAUCACCCCUUGGUGGGUAACCAGAAAAAAUACGGUGGUGUGACUCUGGGUAACAUUCAGCUUAACUGCUACGUGAUCCAUUCCAACACGCUCAUCAUGAGUGGAGCCCACGAGGUGGCUGUCUUUACUUAG